CCAUCAAACAAGCAAUCCAAAACUUGAUUGUAUCCACCUUUAUCCAUCUUAUACUGAACCCCUUCACAACCUCACACUUUCUUCCUCUCCACACUCUGCCAUGGCUGCAUCAUCACUGUGCAUGAGCUUCAACAUAGCAACAGCAUUCAAAGGCCUUUCACUAUCCUCUUCUUCUUCCUCUUCCUUCUUCACUGGUUCUUCCUCGCUUCGCCCCACCUCGUUGGUGUGGGCACCUCAGACUCGGACGACCCCGCUGACAAUCCAGAACGCUCACAAGAAGGGUGCCGGAAGCACCAAGAAUGGACGCGAUUCCGAGAGCAAGCGCCUCGGUGUCAAGAUUUAUGGUGACCAGGUUGCUAAACCAGGUUCCAUCAUUGUUCGUCAGCGUGGAACUAAGUUUCACGCAGGAAAGAAUGUGGGGCUUGGCAAAGACUAUACCAUCUUCUCCUUGAUUGACGGAGUUGUAAAAUUUGAGAAAUAUGGACCUGACAGGAAAAAGAUUAGUGUUUACCCGCGGGAAAUACCAGUUGAGAACCCCAAUAGCUAUAGAGCAAGGAAGAGAGAGUACUUCAAGAUGAGGCGUGAAAAAAAGAAAGCUAGACAAGAAGCUAGAAUUCUUCGAUCCCAACUGGUGCUGGCUUCUACUGAUGAUGCUGCAAUCACAAAUCCAAUGUGCUGAUUCUGAUCUAACCACUUUAAUGUGUAAAAUCUCCCCCUCGCAGUUGUUUUGCUUUUGUGUAUCAGUGAAAUCUCUCGCAUUGUAUUGAGAAUUUUUGAAGUAGCAAACUAUAAGAUGAUUUGUCUUUGUUUUCUGGGCAAAUAAAUUGUACCAUCCACUGCCAAAAAUCACUCUAAUGUGUAAAAUCUCCCCCACCCAAUUGUUUUGCUUUUGUGUAUCAGUGAAACCUUAACCAUUGUAUUGAGAUUUUCUGAAGUAGCAAACUACAAGAUGAUUUGUCUUUGUUUUCA